AUGAUGCUACAGAAUAUGUUCAGCGCCUUAUCUUUCUUGCACUAUCGCAAAGAUGACGAUUUCGUUGACCGCUUAUCUUACUUUUAUACUCCAUCUUUCCUGAUUAUGAUGGCUAUUCUAGUCAGUUUCAAGCAAUUUGGUGGUCGACCGCUAGAAUGCUGGGUGCCUGCACAAUUCACAAGCUCAUGGGAAGCUUAUACAGAAAUGUAUUGCUGGGCUCAAAAUACCUAUUGGGUACCUAUCGAACAGGAUAUCCCAAUGGAUAUAGCAGAGCGGGAAUAUCGUCAAAUCUCUUAUUAUCAAUGGGUGCCAUUUUUCCUUCUUAUUCAAGCUUUUCUCUAUUAUAUUCCAUGUCUCGUUUGGCGUCUAAUGAGCGACAAGUCUGGCAUCCGGUUGAAUGAUAUUGUUCAAUUAGCAACAGAAAAAGAAAACAUUGAACCAGACUACCGGACACGAAUCAUCGAGUCACUUGCGCGUCAUAUCGAAUCUGCUCUCAGGUACCAGCAUGCAGCCACCUCAAGAGCUCAAUAUACAUUACAUAGAGUGUUAAAAUGCUUAAAUAUGCGUUAUUAUGAAAGUUAUGUGACAGGCCUGUAUUUGGCUACAAAAGUAAUGUAUGUAAGCAAUAUAUUAACCAAUUUGAUAUUAGUAAAUAAAUUUUUGGAGACCGACGAAUAUUCCAUUUAUGGUCUCGGUGUAUUGCGUGACCUCUUAUUUGGCAGAUCUUGGAUGGAAUCUGGUAAUUUUCCACGAGUUACUUUGUGCGACUUUGAAGUACGUGUUCUUGGCAAUAAUCAACGGCACUCUGUACAGUGUGUUCUUGUUAUAAAUAUAUUCAACGAGAAAAUAUUCAUUUUAAUUUGGUUAUGGUUUUCGAUGUUAUUUGUUGCUGCCACAUUGGAUGCUGCUUAUUGGUUCAGCAUUUCCUUAUUUCAUAAGGACCGUGUUCGUUUUGUUUUACGUCAUCUGGAAUUAACAACUGAUCCUGAUCGACCUGAAUUAUUUAGGAAGGAAAAGCGGAACCAAGUGGAACAUUUCUUAAAGGCGUACCUCAAAGUGGAUGGUGUAUUAGUGUUACGAAUGAUAGCACUCCAUGCUGGUGUAAUGUUUUGUACUGAAAUUACGGAUGCACUCUGGAAACGUUAUUUAUCGCAGCAUCCGGAAAAUCUGAUUGAUGAAGAUUCUUCACUUAUCAACUUUGCUCGAACUCAGUCGAUACGACGGAAGCGGCAAAAUGAUGGUAAUGGUAGUGAUAAACAGAAAAGAUAUCAACAUUUAUUUGCUCAUCAGCGAUUCUCUAAAUUAUUCUCACAUCGAACACAAGCAUCGCUUCGUCUUAAUCGUGGUCAAUACAUUAAUCGAUCGCUUGACAUGGAUCGUCAAAAGCCGCAGAUACAAAUUCGACAUCCAAAACAAACACCAAUGAGGAUACAGAUGUUACCGGGAUCACAGAUCACAAAUGAUAAGGACGUGGACGAAGAUGAAAGCUAUCAGUGCAAUGAAUCACCAGCACCUCCUAUCUUAUGA